CGGCCGCGGAGGCCACUCAGCGGUUUCCCGAACGGCCCGGUCGGGCGGCGACAGCCCCGCGCCGCCCUCCCGCCUCCGCCGCCGGGUCGCCGGCCGCCGGCGACUCGCCGCCACCGCCAGUGUAGCCGCCGGGCCGCGCUCGGAGGGCCCCCUGAGCCGCAGCCAUGGGGUGCUGGGGUCGGAACCGGGGCCGGCUGGUGUGCAUGCUGAUGCUGACCUUCAUGUUCAUGGUGCUGGAGGUGGUGGUGAGCCGGGUGACCUCGUCGCUGGCGAUGCUCUCCGACUCCUUUCACAUGCUGUCGGACGUGCUGGCGCUGGUGGUGGCGCUGGUGGCUGAGCGCUUCGCUCGGCGGACCCACGCCACCCAGAAGAACACGUUCGGCUGGAUCCGGGCCGAAGUGAUGGGGGCUCUGGUGAACGCCAUCUUCCUGACCGGCCUCUGCUUCGCCAUCCUACUGGAGGCCAUCGAGCGCUUCAUCGAGCCGCACGAGAUGCAGCAGCCGCUGGUGGUCCUCGGGGUCGGCGUGGCCGGGCUGCUGGUCAACGUGAUGGGGCUCUGCCUCUUCCACCAUCACAGCGGCUUCGGCAACGACUCCGGCCACGGCCACUCGCACGGGGGUCACGGUCACGGCCACGGUCUCCCCAAGGGGGUCCGCGGCAAGAGCAGCCGCACCGGCGACAGCGACGACAACGUGACUCCGGGCGAGCAGAGGCCCGACCAGGAGGAGACCAACACCCUGGUGUCCAAUAGCAGCAACUCCAACGGGCUGAAACUGGACCGGUCAGAUCCAGAAAAGUCCAGAAAUGAUGCGGUGGAAGUACAAGUGAAUGGGAAUCUUAUCAGAGAACCUGACCAUGUGGAAUUGGAAGAUGAUGAUAAGGCUGGACAACUUAACAUGCGUGGAGUUUUUCUGCAUGUCUUUGGAGAUGCUUUGGGUUCAGUGAUUGUAGUAGUAAAUGCCUUGGUCUUUUACUUUUCUUGGAAGGGUUGUCCUGAAGGGGAGUUUUGUGUGAAUCCAUGUACCCCUGACCCCUGCAAAGCAUUUGUAGAAAUAGUUAAUAGUACUCAUGCAACAGUUUAUGAGGCCGGUCCUUGCUGGGUGCUAUAUUUAGAUCCAACUCUUUGCAUUGUAAUGGUUUGUAUACUUCUUUACACAACUUAUCCAUUACUUAAGGAAUCUGCUCUUAUUCUUCUACAAACUGUUCCUAAACAAAUUGAUAUCAAAAAUUUGAUAAAAGAACUUCGAGAUGUUGAAGGAGUUGAGGAAGUUCAUGAAUUACAUGUUUGGCAACUUGCUGGAAGCAGAAUCAUUGCCACUGCUCACAUAAAAUGUGAAGACCCGACAUCAUACAUGCAGGUGGCCAAAAUCAUUAAAGACGUUUUCCAUAAUCACGGAAUUCACGCUACUACCAUUCAGCCUGAAUUUGCUAGUGUAGGCUCUAAAUCAAGUGUAGUCCCAUGUGAACUUGCCUGCAGAACUCAGUGUGCUUUGAAGCAAUGUUGUGGGACACGGCCACAAGCCCCUUCUGGAAAGGAUGCAGAAAAAGCCCCAACAGUUAGCAUUUCUUGUCUAGAACUUAGUGACAAUCUAGAGAAGAAGCCCAGGAGGACUAAAGUUGAAAGCAUCCCUGCUGUUGUGAUAGAGAUUAAAAAAAUGCCAAACAAACAACCUGAAUCAUCUUUGUGAGUCUUAAGAAAGAUGUGAUAUUUGACUUUUGCUUUAAACUGCAAGAGGAAAAAGACUCUAUUGAAAUUCUAAGUUUGCCAAGUAGUGUAAUUGAAGUCCUUGUCUGGUCACACAGUUUAAUUCUAUUUUUGUAAGAACAUAAUGGGACUGCCUAAGAGUUCUAUAUUACAACUUUGUGAUUAUUAGUGCAGAGUACAGCUAUGCUGUAAGAGUUUUGGAAAGCCAGUUUUAACACUAUGUUACAUUUUUGUUUAAAGUAAGUAUAAACCUUAUAUAACAAUGACAUUUGAUUUCCAGUUUUUCCAUGGUAAAUUAAUUAGGGGGAUAAAUAAAUUAAAAUUGUUACUGGAAUUCUCUGCUUUUCUUUUCCCCCAGUGUUGUACUUUGUUUUUUAGAAUUAUAAUUACUCAACUUGAAAAAUCAUCAACAGGUUUGCUUCCUUCGAUGUUUUAGGUAAUAUUUACUUGCCCUCUGAAAUCAUUACAUAGCAUGUUUUUCAGAAUGACUCAUGGAUAUUGUUAGGAAAAGUUCCUUUUUCUUCUUUACAUGGGGUAUUUGUAAUACUAAAGAUCAGUUACUAUCCUGGAUUCUAUAUUGCUGAGUAUUAUUCUAAAUAAACAGUUGAGAUAAUUAACAAGUUGAACUACAGUUUACAUAUAAUAGGGCAUACGGAGAGUAAGAGCAGGGGAGAAGGUUUACCAAAUUAAAUAUUUAGAUUGUUGUAAGUUAGUAUUCAGACAUUUUUAAAUUAUUGGGAGAAUUUUAACUCAUGUUUUCUUUUACCAAAGUUAGUCUAAAAUGUGGACAUAUUCACCAGCAUUACUUUCUCUGAAAGAUUGGCAUUAGGAACAUUGAGCUGAAAGUUUACUUAUGAAAUAUAUACGGUAAAUAUUUUUAAGGAUAUUAAAGCUAAUCUGAUAGUUACAUGUUAAAUGCAAGCUUAUUCGUGUAAUCUUUCAAAUUGUAGAUAUUUAAGCAAAACUUAAAGAGUCAUUUCAUGGUGACCAAUCGUGAAUGGAUUCAAAUGGAGCUUUUUUCGAGUACAACCAGCAGUUCUUGUGCUUUGCCCGGAGCCAUUGACUUAGGUAGGAGAAAAAGGAAAUCUAAUGGUUAAUGCAGUUUGGAUAUUAAAUUCUUAAAAAACAAAGUUAAGGCAAAAUUAAUAAUUAAGAUUCUGUAGGUCAUCCUGUCCUGACAUUGCUCAGAUCUUGCAAUAGUGGCUUAUUUUGUAAGAUGCCACAGUAUCUACGCAGGAAAUUGUUCUUGGCUAUUUCAUUGUUGCUGUGGGUUUCGAAUCCAUACACAAAUAUUAUUUAAGGAUAUUUAAGUUAUAUUUUUCUUGACAGAGAGGGGUUAUGCUUUGUGAAGAAACUAGAUUUUUGUCCUCAUAAGGAUGAAUAUUAAUAUCAGUUAUCAUGUAUAGCUCUAUUUUUCUAGAAAUAAGGUAUCCUGACUACUUCAGUAACUUUUAUAGCUGACUACUUUUGGGAUGGCUAUCUUUUGGGAUUUGAAAUAAUUCAUUGUUUAAUGGGUCUUAAGAUGAAAGUGUUGGCAUUGGACAGUUAACUUUUUAAAGGGAUCUUUUGUGGUAGAUGGUGUGUUCUUUUUCUAGUAUAAGCCUAUUGCUGGCAAUGGGCCUAUUUAAGAACAGCCGAUUUUUCCAAUGAGAAUGAGGUAAUUUUAGGAACACAGUUUGUAAGUUCACAUUUGCUAUAAUGGGCCAAAACCAUAACCCACCAAUUUGCAAUACAUCUUGAUCUUUUAAUACUCUUAUCUGAUAAUUGUGUAAUUCAAUUCCUAAACUGGAAGUUACUUUGAAUUUUGCAAAAAAAAUUUUUUAAACAUGAAAUUCGGGAACCUCAUAUGGGUAAACUAGAGAGCUUCAAACUGUACUGUAUGACGUACAUUCCUGAUUCAACACUUAAAACUACAAACCAUUUUCUUAAGAUCUUAAAACAGUUUAUGUUACAGAAACAUUUUGGUAAUGACACAUACAAUAGGAUAACUGGUAAAAUACAUUUCAGUGGGGUUUUCUUGACAAAUGCUUUAUUGGGUCUUUCUUAAAGGUUGUAUAAUGUAUAAGACAUCAGCUAAAUGAGGAUUUUUUUAAUGGUGUAUAAGCAUGGGACAAGGGCUUUUUUUUUU